AUGAGAAAUCGAGUACUCUGGAGCAAACCUCCAAUGAAGCGUCCAACCAACUUCGAAAUUGAUGCUCUUCUACCUGCUUCCGAUGAUCACACUUCUGAUUAUGUUCCUUCUAAUAUGGAUGAUCCAUCAACCAAGACAUGGAUAUGGGUAGUGGUGGAGAUGAACACCAACAAAAAGCACCUCAAGCUUAUGUUUCCAGUAAAGGACAUCCUGGUGGCAGUGAUGGAUGAUGAUGCUAACUAUUUAGAUGAUGAUGAGAACUCCAUAGGAGAAUUCAAUUCGGAUAUUGUAUCCUUCGAUGAUAAUAUAGCAGAUCCAUUUGCUCUGAUUGAGAUGAGUGAUCAAAUUUUCAAAUUUGACUCAAAGGUUGAAAAUGUGAAUGCUCAAGUUGGAGCUCUUGACUCGAAAUUUGAUCAAGUUCUGAAGUCCAUUUCUUAG